GUAAUAAGAAGCGCAUAUUAUCCAUAAAUGUCUAAAUAUGAUCAGCACGUUGCCUCUCAAGUCCGCGGGCUUGAGUACACAUCCAUAUUUAAUUUUAGUGUGUAUUGACCACAGCAUUAUAAAAAUAAAACGUGUGAACAUCCUGUGAAAGAGAAAAAAGGACAAUGAGCACUACGUCUUUGAGCAUCUAAGAUCCUGUUUCAGUAUAUUCUUUUCUUCUUUCACUCCUUUCAAUUACAAAAUGCAAUUACUCUCAUUUUAUUCUUCCAGCAACAGCAAACAACCCACCCCUUCCACAAGCUCGAGUACAGCAGCAAAUAAUGGCAAAAGUUCAUCAUUGGCUCCUAGCACAUCGACGACAACAACUGCAUCAUCGCUCCUGACGCCAGAUGACGAAGACAAGGCUGAAGAGCAACUUUUCAAAGAUAUGCUUAGCGCUCGUAAAGCCCUCGACUUAUUUCUCGACUCUCGUAUUCCUGAAGCUGAAGCUAUUCUUGAACCGCACUUGUGCAAAACAUCAAUGUAUUACGCACUGGGCAAAUCCGUCCUGCUCACACUCAAGAGCAUGAUGACAUUCCAGCAAACCGAUUUUGAAGUCGCUAUCGAGUCAUUGAAGCAUACGGUUCAAUUAUCGAGUCACCUUAUCCGCAAGGGACAUGGUACAUUGUGGUUUUUGGAAAACAUUACUUCUUGGGUCAGAGCUGGAUUGUCUGUCGAUACACUCCAGAAAAUGCGCCCACUUUAUCGGCAUGCAGAAUUGGUUCAUGCAGAGGCUUAUUUGCUAAAAGCAAUGAUCUGCAUCAUCCAUGAUGAGAGCUUAGUAUCAUUUCUACGAGAAGGCCUUCACAUACGCCAGAGCUACAUGACCUAUACCGUACUGGAAAAGUUUGUGCAGACGACGGACGAGCCAUUGGAUGAUCAUUUCACCUCGGGUGUCAAGUUCGGCGUGGGCUGUUUCAACUUGAUGCUGUCCUUGCUUCCCAAGACGGUUAUAAAGCUUGUUCAGUUUAUUGGAUUUUCAGGUCAGCGACUGCGCGGUCUUGAACUACUCGAAUCCAGUGGUGGUUGGGACACAUACAAGCAAACGGGCGUGAUGGUAGAGCGACAGGGACCGGCCGAAGGCUUACGACGCCAGUUUUGUGACAUGGCUUUGGUUGGCUAUCAUAUUGUGCUGGCUAAGCUGAUGCCCAUGUCUCAUGUGGACGACGAUCUUGCAGGAACUAUCCUGAAAUACAACCUUGACUUAUACCCGAAUGGCGUGUUUUUCCUCUACUUCCAUGGCCGUCAGCUAUUUAGCGAACGGAAACUCGACGAAGCUAAUGCAGAGUAUAUCCGCGCGAUCGAAACUCAAAAGGAAUGGGUGCAGUUGCAGCAUAUUUGCUAUUGGGAACGCGGACUCAUUAGCAUCUUGCAGCGGGAUUGGAAGACAGCUUCGGAUAUCUACGAAAUUCUCUACAAGGACAGUAACUGGUCCAAGUCGGUCUAUGCAUAUUUCAGGGGCAUGACGUUGUACAUGUUGGCGCAGCAGGAAAAGGAUGACAAAAAGUGCAAAUCGCUCAUGGCACAAGCCAGCUACAUGAUGAAAAAGGUGCCAAGCUUGCGGCAAAAGAUUGCUGGUAAAUCUAUUCCUUUGGAGAAAUUUGUCGCACGCAAAGCACGCAAAUUUUUAGACCAGGAUAACGUGUUGAUGUUCUCAGACUUGGAGAUUACUAAUGCUUUUGGCGCAUGUGAUUACAUCCCCGUAAAUCUACUUUGGGCUAACAUUGACCGCCUUGACAUUGAGCUAUCACAGCUCUGCACGACACACAAAAACUAUGCGGACGAUCUAUGCUUGGGCAACUAUCUCCUCGCUUACAUGACGCGUUUGCUGUUGACUAAAAUUGAGGAUAAUAACGAGAAGGAAAUGGACAAGCUGCGUGGUAUACAUCACAAAUCCAUCCAGAUAGUCUUGAAUGCUGCCAAGGAUGUCCAGUUUGAUCAUUAUGUGUAUUACUUUGCACGAUACGAAAACGCCCGGAUGUUGAUUAUCGAGGGCGAUUAUGACGCAGCCGAACAGGAACUUGAGGUCGUCUUAAACGCAAAUGACAAGAGCCAAUACAAUAUCGGUGCAGGAUCCAAGGCCAAGUCCAAAUAUAGUUUGGAGAACCAUCUGCUUUUCAAGUGCCAUAACUGCGUGACAGAGCUCGAAGAGUUACGAAAGCAACAGGAUAAGCAACAGCGGUUAGAUGACAACAGUGAUAAUGACUCUUUUGCAUCAGCUGCUUCCGAUGUAUAGAGAAAGAAGACCUGAUAUUCUAAUAUUUUUUUUGUAAUUUAAACUACAUUUCAGAUAUUUUUAUUUUUCUUUUAUAGUUUCUGGU